AUGUGCAAACCGGCUUACGGGAAUCAUUCGACCAAUCAACGGGCGAACAAAGAAGAUGAGGCAAAUGAAUGUUUGCGACCGCUAAUGGAUCAUUUCGAAUCUAUUCUGUCUGUGCUGGCCAACACGUGUGAUAAGACAGUUCUCAAACGGGUACUGAAGCAACUUUGGAGAAUCACCAUGUGCAAUCUGGAGAAACUGGUCGUUCUCCCUACAGUGUCCGAUCCGAAACAACUUGCCGUUGGGACAUUGCUCAGUGCGAACACUUCGGCCAAAUUAAUUGGAGGCGCGCAAAAUUUGCUCAGUCACGUGGGAGGACAAGUUGUCACCGGGAAAAUACUUCAGGAUGUCGCUAAAGAACCGGAUCGUGGACUGACCCCAUAUCAGUGUGAACUCCUGGAUCUCUGUUUGGAUACCAUUCGAACUUAUUUCCAUGCCGGGGGUCGGGGGCUAAAACGAUCAUUUCUUGAUCGAAGUCCGGAACUGCACAGUUUACGACAAGUUUUGGCUNCGAAAGCCACAGACGAAUUGCUACGCGAUUUUGUUGCCAUACAAACGGCUCAGGUUCACACGGCUUCCGAUUUGGAUUGGUCUCUGACAACCGGCGUGUUCCGGCCGUUUGUUGAGGUGUUUAUUUUUGGCCCCUUAUUGACCGAUCGAAAGCGAAAGGCCGCCACGAAAUCUAAGUCUGUGACUACCAUGCCCGCUUUCAAUGAAACAUUUGCCUUUUUCCUCUCAAAUCAAGGUGAUCCCGAAUGGUAUGAGUUACAUUUAGCCGUGANAGCCGUGAAAGACUACUGUUUCGGUCGAAGUGAUCGACUGGUCGGUGUCACCGUGCUAUCUCUUUCUCGUGCACUCAAUCUGGGCGCCACACCACUUCGACUGCCUCUGGGCCGACGGUUACACUUCACGGAGACCGGAUGGACUGUGCUACGUGUGCUAUCUCAACGCGUGCACACGGACGAGGUGGCCAGGGAGUUUGUCAAAGCUAAAUUCGAAUCUCGUCCCAGCUCCGACACAGAAUCCUCUUCCUCGACCAACGCUCACGGUUCGAAUGACUGA